AUGCGUCGACUUCUCUGUGUGCAUCUACUCCUAUGCUGCCUCCAUAUGGCUCAUCCGUUCUGUCCGUCCCAGUGCACCUGUGUCUUUCAUGGACGUGCUGAUGGAACUGGAACCAGAUCUGUGCUGUGCAAUGACCCCGACAUGUCUGAUAUCCCUGUCAAUGUCCCAGUGGAUACAGUCAAACUUCGUAUUGAGAAAACCACUGUACGCCGAAUCCCAACAGAAGCUUUUUACUACCUGGUGGAGCUACGGUACCUGUGGAUUACUUACAAUUCCAUAACCUCAGUGGAUACUGGGAGUUUCUACAACCUCAAAGUGCUCCAUGAGCUGAGGCUGGAUGGAAAUAUGAUCUCCAUCUUCCCUUGGGAGGCUCUAAAAGAGAUGCCCAGGCUGAGGACACUGGAUCUACACAACAACAGACUCACUAAUAUUCCCACUGAGGCUAUCCCCUACCUCCUCAACAUUACAUACUUGGAUCUAUCCAGCAACAAAUUAACAACCCUGCCCUCUGAUCUCAUGGAUAUCUGGCCCCCUUUUAAUGGGCUACCCAUCUCUACUAAUGCUUCCCAGAAGAUUGUGUUAGGGCUCCAAGACAAUCCCUGGUUCUGUGACUGUAAAAUCUCCAAGCUGAUUGAGAUUUCCAAAAUGGCAAACACACCAGUGGUUUUCAUGGACCUUUUCCUGACCUGCAGUGGACCAGAGAAUCUGGCUGGUGUCCUUUUCCAGCGUGCUGAACUUGACAAUUGUGUAAAACCAUCAGUCAUGACGUCUGCAACCAAGAUCACAUCUCCCUUGGGCAGUAAUGUUCUCCUGCGAUGUGAUGCCACAGGCUUACCGACACCAACUCUUUACUGGGCAAAGUCAGAUGGGUCACCAGUCAACAACACAGUCCAGGAGUCACCUGGAGAGGGCAUCAGAUGGUCCAUCAUGAGCUUGCAUGGAAUACUGUACAAAGAUGCUGGGAACUACAGUUGCCAAGCUAAGAAUGUUGCUGGCAACACAGAGGCCACCAUUUCUGUCUCAGUCGCAGGUACCAUCAGUACCACCAUCGCUCCAGUGAGGCCGACCAGCGUAACUGGACCAACCAGCCAAGGCACAACAUUUAUUCCCACAACAGACAUUCCCGACUUGCCUGCUGCAGCAACCACAGUUCUCCCAAGAACAUCAACAACCGUAUCUGCUGUCGUUAAGAAGCCAAAAACUACUCCCAGCAAUAGUUUACAGAAAGGCUCAUUCAAACAAACAAAGACACAGCAAGGAAGCAAUGGGAGAAAACUUGCAGCAGAUGAAAAGAGCAAGAAAAGUGAUGUAUCAAAGACUGUGAAAGACCUAAAGAUUGUGGAGGAAACAACUGAUAGUGCAGUGUUGCUCUGGAUAGCAGAUGGAUUACCAAAUGAUACACCACUUACAGUUGUAUAUUCACCCUAUGGUGAGGAUGACAUCAAAAGGACAGAGGAUACUAAUGCUGGCAGUGGAAAAAUGCUCCUAGAGGGACUGUCAUCUGGUAUGAGGUACUCAGUUUGCCUCAUAGCAAAAGGCAGUGAUGCUGGAAAAGACCCUUGCAUUGACUUCUACACACUGGACAAUGUAGAAGAUGGUGGGCAGAACCAGCUUUUCAUCAUCAUAAGUGGCAUUGCCUGUGCUUUGGUUUUGCCUCUUAUUGCUCUGCUGAUCUAUAAGAUUCUUGCUCUUUACUGCAAGGGACGAAAACACAGCUUUGGUGAGGAGGAGCUUGAAAAAGAGAGUUAUGUCAAGUUUGAGACAAUUUCAAUGAAACAAAGAACUCUGAACUCUCACCCAAAUGAGCUCUGGGCAAGGAGACGAACCCAUGACUCAGAGCGAAUGCUGCUGUGUUCCAGGUCUAGCAUCGACUCCCAGAUGACUUAUAAGAGCGACAGUUCCCGGUCAGAGUAUCUGUGUUGA